AUGAAAGUAGGCCAGCUUAAGUAUAUUGAUAGCAUGCAGUUUAUAAAUACUAUAUGUUAUAAGGGAGUUUACCCCUAUAAGUAUAUUGAUUUUCAUGAUAGAUUCUUAGAAACAGAACUUCCUCCUAUUCAUGAAUUUCAUGGACAACUUAGGGAAAAAUUAUCUAAGAAGAUUAUCUUCAUGCUCAGAAAGUGUGAAAGGAAUUUAGAUUUACGAAAAAUAUCUAUAAAAUAUGAUGGGCUCAAUCCUAGUCAUUAUGUUUCUCUUCUAUUAUAUUCUUGGAAUGCUAUGUUAAAAAUAACUGGAAUUAGGAUCGAACUUUUCACAGAUAUGAUCAUGCAUGAUUUUAUUGAAAAAGCAAAACGUGGGGGUAUAUCUAUGGCUUAUCAAUGA